UGAAGAAAUUGAAAUAUAUGCAAUUGCAAAUUACUUUAAUGCAGGUUUUAUGUAUUGAUUUAUAAAUGUUCUGUAUAUUUACAGCGUUACAGCGAUAGUGCAUAGUUCCCCUGGCUAAUUUAUUUAACUCCCACCUCCAGGGGUGCCGCACACUGACUGACCCUGUGCUGGCACCCCCAAGCUUGCUCUUACCUGCAUAUGUGUCUGUGUGUCUCAUGGAAAGUAAGAUGGGAUAUGUGUAGAGAAGCCUUCCACCGACCUUGUAUUCUUACUUGUACAAAUGGCAGACAGUGAUGCCAAGAAAUAGGAAAUCAGCAGCAACGAAGGACGUAAAGGGGGAUGGUGUCCCCCCUAAGCAGAGGCGAAUGGAGGAGCCCCCCAAAGAUGUUCCUUCACCCCUUAAUUUCGACAGUCCCUCCAGCCUCUUCCAAAGUCUGAUCGCGCCUCUGGGAGUGGAGGAGUUUUUCCGGGAUUACUGGGAGAAGAAGCCGCUGCACCUGCAACGCCGCGACCCGGCCCUGGUGGCCUAUUGCAGCACGCUCUUCCAGCUCUCCGACCUGAAGGGGCUGUGCAGCCGGGGCCUGCAGUACCCUACCGAUGUCAACAUCUGCCACUGUGUCGACGGCAAGAGGAAGCCAGUGGCCAGAAGGGGGCGCGUGAUUUACAGUGAGCUGAAGAAGGAGUUUGACAAGAACAGGGUCACUAUACAGUUCCACCAGCCGCAGCGCUUUAAGGAUGAGCUGUGGAGGAUCCAGGAGCAGUUGGAGUGCUUCUUCAAAUCCUUGGUUGGCUCCAACGUCUACAUAACGCCGCAGGAGUCACAAGGGCUUCCCCCGCAUUACGAUGACAUCGAGGCGUUCGUCCUGCAGCUGGAGGGCGAGAAGCACUGGCGUCUCUACCAGCCCACGGUGCCCCUGGCGUGCGAGUACAGCCUGGAGCAGGAGGAUCGCAUUGGCAGGCCUACCCACGACAUUGUGCUGAAGCCCGGGGAUCUUCUCUAUUUCCCCAGGGGUAUUAUCCACCAGGCAGAUACCCCAGCGGGGGUGGAAUACUCCACCCACCUAACCAUCAGCACCUAUCAGAACAUGUGCGUGAGUACCGUCUCCCAGCAUGCUCGGCCGGACCGCAUGCUGCAGGGCCCUAACUUCUGGCUGCUCCUCCUCCCUCCCUCCCUCCGAUGGCAUCCCAGGUCCUGGGGGGACUUCCUGCUGGAUGUUCUCCCGGGCUUCCUGUUCGACUCCAUGAAGAGUGACGUUGGCUUGAGGGAGGGCAUUCCCAGGGAGCUGCUGACGGGCGGCGCCUCCCGGUGCCCAGACACAGCCAAGCGGCUGUCGGGCCUCUUGCGGCAGCUGGCAGACAGGAUGGAGCUGGGUGGCGAGCUCCGCUCCGCCGAGAUGCAGAGGGACUUUGUGGCCAGUCGGCUGCCACCGUACCUGCAGGAGGGCGAUGACGUCUCACCAGCAGGCAAGAUGCCAGCACUGGAGGACACGGUCUGUAUGCGGUUCAGGGACCAUAUACUGGUGACUGUGGAGCUCAGCCAGGAGAGAACGGAUGAGCCCAGAGAGCUGGUGGUCUUUGUGUUACACUCUCUGAGGAACAGCAGGAAGACGCACAUGAUGGGGGAACAGGAGGAAGACGAGGAUGAUGAAGAGGGACAGACACAGCCUGGCAGCCAAGGCCUGCGCUUCCCCAUCUCCCACCUGCAGGCCCUCCGGCAGCUGCAGAGCACAGAGCGCCUCCCGGUGGCCAGGCUGCAGCUGCAGCUCGACUCAGACAAGCUGAACCUGGCCAUGGCCCUCUGGUCCGAGGGGCUGCUGCACGUGUGCUAGGCGCAGUAAAAUCCCUGCGACUCUGGUGUCAGCCACAUUGCAUGAUGGGAAAUCAUGCAAUAAAACGAAUGUGGAUGAGCUCAGGACCUCUCAGUUUGGGUUUGUGGCACAGUAACAUAUUAAAGACCACAACUAGUACAUAAUGAAUCUACUGCACUGUACUUGAGAGUAGGACUAUCUAUUAUUAACCUAAUUGUAUCAUUUUAAAAAUUACUGCUAAGGUGAAAAACAAAGUGUGCUGUGUUUUGUUUUGUGGUCUUCAGCUACAAAUAAUCACUCCAAAACAA